AUGGGUGCCGCCCACACCUCCACGACGGGCUCUGAUGCCACCACGCCUCUCGAUUUCUGGAGCCAGACAGCACCGAGGGACUGGGUCGCGUACGGCAUGUGCUUCCCGCACCACGGAGACCGGAAGGAACGAGAAAAGGCCAUGGGGGCGCUGUCCAGUGCCCUGAACAAGCUGGCAAAAGACCGACCGAGGUAUGCGGGCCGUUUGCGUCUGUCUCGGUAUUCCGAUCAGCCCGGGGUCCUCCUCUGGACGCCCUCCACCGGAAUCGACGCCAAGUUCAAGGAUGUCUCGGGCGAAAUCGACGAGACUUACGACCAGCUCCGCGCCAAGGGCUUCCCGGCCUCCUUUUUUCCACAACCCAGAGCCGACGCUACCCAAUCGGACAAGAACCCACCGGCGGGAGCCAACGGCGUCGCCGCCGCCCCCGCCGCUGUGUCCACUCCCGAAACCAAACACGAGGUCCCCGUUGUCGCCAUCCGGGGCUUCUUCAUAAAGGGCGGGCUCAUCCUGCAGAUAUGUCUACAUCAUGCCUUUGGCGAUGGCUACUGCAUGCGCGACUUCCUCGAAGAUUUCGCUGCCGAAACCAGGGGCGAGGUCCUGAAGCGCAACUCGGACCGGCGGAAGCUGCACCUGCCGCUCGACUUUCUCCACGACCGCUAUACCUCACUAGGAAUACCAAUACCAAGGGGCGCGCCCCGCGAGGCCACAGCGGCGUUGUUGGCGUCAAGGUGUCCCGAAUACACCUUCGAUCCGCAGUGGCUCACGGGCCCGACGCAGCCAUACCGGGUGCCUCCCCCCUCUCAGGAGAGGACAGGCUGCGUCAUCGCGUCCAUAGGCAAGGUCAAGCUGGACGCGCUCAGGAGGAGUCUCCGGAGCUGUCAGGGACAGGAGCCGAGCGAGUACGUUGCGCUGUCGACUCUGCUGUGGGCCUAUGUCACGCUGCACAGGUCCGAGAUGGAGACCUGCCGGGAGAAGAUGGCGACGCUCUCGAACCCGGUGAACUGGAAGCGAAACCUGUCCCACGGCCCGCUGAUAGGCGUACUGGACGACUACUUUGGCAACGCGACGGCCAAGUGCCUGACGAUCGUAGAACGCAGCCUCCUGAUGGAUGCGGCGCGCCUGUCGAGCGCAGCAAGGAACGUCAGCGACGCGGGCCUAGAGGGGGACGUGCGCCUAGACGAGCUCCGGGGGAUCGCGGCGACGAUCCGCAAGAACAUCAACGCCGUCGACGAGGCAUUUGUAGCGCUCCGGACGGGCCUGUACAGGGCGCUGCCGGAUCCGCGCAACCUGGGCUUGGUGGACGACCCCUACUCGGCCGCCUACAUGCAGUUCAACACGUGGAAGCCCUUUGGGGCCGACGCCAAGUUCAAGAUCCCGGGCGUGCCCGAUGACCCCAGGGGGCCCGGCGGGGCCUGCGCCGAGAGCAUCCGCAAGGUCAUGAUGGGCAAGCAGUUUGACUUCCGCAACGUGCUCAUCAUGCCGGCCCGCCGCUUCUCGGACGACACGGAGAUCCUGAUCAGCCUGCCGGCGAGGUCGCUCUCGGCCCUGUUGAAAGACAAGGGAUUUACGCGGUGGUUUAGCAUACGAUGA